AUGAAUCGCGGGGCAUUGGCCCCUCAUGCUGCAAGCAUAUUGAUGAAGCUACUCUAUGCUGCGCGCAUACGCCGCUUCGAUUUGCUUCGAUCCAUCAAUAAUCUUGCUCGCAAGAUCACCAAGUGGUCCGUUAAAGAGGAUGCCGGGCUUCUCCACUUAAUCAGCUACGUCCAUCACACCAAGCAUCAUAAGAUGAUUGGGUGGGUAGGCAACAGUCUUAAGGAUCUUUCCAUUGGGUUGUUUGCGGAUGCUGACUAUGCUGGUUGUGGCGAGAGCCUCCGGUCCACCUCGGGUGCACACAUGCACAUACAGGGGAGUCACACCCGUUUUCCCCUGGCCGGGAUUAGUAAACGUCAAGGAUGCGUCAGCCACUCCACUCCAGAGGCUGAGAUCGUCGCUGCUGACUACGCUAUGUCUCGGAUCGGCCUACCGGCUAUUACACUUUGGAAACUGUUGUCCGCGGGAGAUCCUAAUUUUGUGUUUUAUGACGACAACCAAACCAUGAUUGGCGUCGUACGCACGGGUAGGAAUCCGACCAUGCGUCACCUUGAGCGUUCUCAUGGUAUCCGCAUUGCGUGGAUGCAUGAGAUGUUCCAGGAGGGUUAUGUUGGUCUGGCAUAUGAGGUCACCGCGAAGAUGGCGGCCGACAUACACACGAAGGCGUUCAAAGAUGGCAUAUCGUGGGCGCACGCGUGUCAGCUUAUCAACAUUUUCCCUCCUGAGCAGCUUAACUCGGUCGACAUCAUGGAUAUGAUGAAGCCUACGCAUGACCAGGUUGCGGACGCUAAAGGUAAGAGCCAACGUGUACACAACUACCGGAAUCAGACCCCGUGCUUCCCCUACACUGAAACCCCGAUAUUGCCUGAAGAACUUCAUCGGGCGGGCCUUUCCAGCAAGGAAGGCCUACAGGAACUCGAUGGGUGUGAUCCCAUCGUUGUCGUCAAGUUCCCCCGCGCGUUACGUCCGCCGCCGGCCGCUAUACCGCCUGGUCGUUAUCUACGGUCCACAUGGGUGUUGCGUGAAGGCAAGUGGGCGCGCUUGGAGGAUCAUGUCGAUAUUCCUGAACAUCGCCAACAGUUUGAUCGGUAUGUGGAACGUGCUGUGUUUCAGUACCACUUCCAGCGCGCCAGUCUUUCUUCUUCUCCGGCGGCGGUGUCACCUACGGUGCCCGCGUCGCAUGUCGGUGUACUUCCUGUUCACCGUUGCGGCGUGUCCCUACAAAGGGUGGUUGCCGCGCUCGCGCGCGCCAUCCAUGGGGGGAGUGUGGGACAGAUUUAUGACAUUUUCGAACGUAAUGUGGACAUGCAUAUCCCAUGGUUUUGGAGCUGUCUCUGUCAAAGCUUGGCUACCCGUGUCGAUGUUGACCGAAAGAGAGGAAAAUGUAACCUGAUUGGCGAUGUGCCUUAUGUUCCUGCCAAUGUGCAAGUGAAACCAACUCGCAAGCCUCCCGUCAUCAAGUUCUGCAAUGCCAAAGGUGAAGUGCUAUACACCUACGAGUCGGCCAAAUUCCUUGAUGAUGCUCAAGGCGGCGAGCUUAGCACCUCGCUAGAUCCAGAAUUCGCCGCUGAGAUAACCAUCUGGGGGGCUGACCUGGCCAAACCGUUAUGGGUUCUAGCAGGAGUUGAUGAAGAAAACUGGUGGAACGAGUUCGUGCCAGACGAGGUUCAAAUCGUGUGCUCGGGAUCUAAGUUGUCCGGGCCCGCCUCGGGAUACUAUGAGCGAGUAAUCGAGAAAUGCAUAUCCAAAGCAGAUGACCUCGUAUAUGUUGGCUCUGGCACAGUCGGAGUCUCUUCAUGGCUGGACAAACAUCCAAGAGCGCAAGACGAACCCCGAUGUGAGUCGCCUGAGUACCCCUACGGGGACUUGGGCCUCAUGGCAGCCAAGAUUGCCAAGCGUGGUAUUCGUGUUGUGUUCGAGUUGCCUGGUCAUGAUAGAAUUCAUAGCUCCGAACAGCGCAAGACGAUGGUGAACAGCAGCGGGGCCAAAAGGACAGUGUUCGACGGAUGCUGCUUUGGGCAUCGUGUGAAUAUGUCGUCGCAAAUCGCCUAUGUCAAGUCCAAGUGGAAUAUGCUGACAUGGGGGGUUGACUUGAGCGCGCUGUCCAAAAUGCGCGACGGGAAGCAUUCACAUGUGAACGUCGGGGCGCAGGAAGAACAUGGCGGGGACUCAAGGAGGACUAGUAAAGUCGCCCGAAAACUUCUGCAAAGCUUGGCUAGUGACGGUACCAAGGAUGCUCCCGUGACGGCGUGUCCGUCAAAGGGCGAAACCGUUGACAGAGUCAUGAUUGAGUUUUGUUGCGGGCAAGACAGCCAUGCCUGCCAGGGCCUGCCAGAGCAGAGCCUGCAUAGCCUGCCAAG